UCAGUAGAAAAUUGUGACACACGAAACACAAAUUGUCGACAUUUUCUUUUUUCUCCAUCACAAAGCACAAAGUGUUUGAUAUUUUCGUGAUUCUUGCUUCCCGAGAUCGAUUGAAGCAUUUUUUCUAGCCAAACUUCAAUGCACACAACGUAAUGUCUCUAUCUAGCAUAUUGCCAGCUCCGUCGAAUCCGAUUUGGGAUCGGGACGAUGAACGUAAACACAUUGCCAAGGGUACCCCGUCGAUGGGUGCCUUGGUUAGUGCAAAGAUUGCUGCACCCCCUUACGGCCAGCGGAAAGGAUGGAUCCCCCGAACGGAGGCUGACUUUGGUGAUGGUGGUGCCUUUCCGGAGAUUCAUGUUGCGCAGUAUCCUCUUGGAUUGGGUGCUCCGGGAAAUGCUAGUAAAAAGUCCAACGCCCUGGCUGUACAGCUGGACCAAAGUGGGAAGGUCAAAUACGAUGCUAUAGCUCGACAGGGACAUUCAAAGGAUAAGAUUGUUUAUUCCAACAUAAAUCAGCUGUUGCCUGCGGAGGUGUUGGCCGAGGACUGUGAGGAACUGCAGUUACCAGAUCAGGAAACGAUCAAUGAUAUAACCGAGAAUACUCGAAGGGCGCUUGAGAAGCUUACAAAUCAAAAGAUUGUAUCGGCUAUGCCUGUCCGUGCAGCCGAAAAGCAAGGUCCUGCGCAGUACAUUCGUUAUACACCAUCGCAACAAGGCGAUGCCUUCAACUCGGGAGCUAAGCAGAGAGUUAUCCGCAUGGUGGAAGCGCAGGUGGAUCCAAUGGAACCACCUCGUUUUAGAAUUAAUAAAAAGAUUCCACGAGGGCCACCGUCGCCUCCUGCUCCGGUAUUACAUUCUCCAACGAGAAAAGUGACGGUUAAGGAACAGAAAGAGUGGAAAGUUCCGCCAUGCAUUUCCAACUGGAAGAACGCUAAGGGUUACACGAUACCGCUGGAUAAGCGUCUAGCGGCAGACGGACGUGGUCUUCAGCAGGUUCACAUUAACGAGAAGUUCGCUAAAUUGGCUGAAUCGUUGUAUAUUGCUGAUCGAAAAGCUCGUGAAGGUGUUGAGGCUCGAGCUCAGUUGGAGAAAAAGCUGGCUCAAAAAGAAAAGGAGAAGAAGGAAGAUAUGUUGCGGCAGAUGGCUCAACGUGCCCGUGAGGAACGUGCCGGAAUUCGUCAUCCGGGCGAAGCAGCUGCAGCAAGUGGAGAUCCUUCGGUCAUUCCGGCGGAUCUUCGCGAACGUGAUGAAAUCCGUGCGGAACGUCAUCGAGAGCGAGCCCGAGAUCGCAAUCUGGCACGAGCUGCACCGGACAAACGUUCGAAGUUGCAACGCGAACGAGAGCGUGACAUUUCCGAACAGAUCGCUCUAGGCAUGCCUGCGAAAUCAGCCCUCUCCGGUGAGGCACAGUUCGAUCAACGCCUGUUCAACACUUCCAAGGGCAUGGAUUCCGGCUAUGGAGAUGACGAGGCAUACAACGUCUACGAUAAACCUUGGCGUGAAGCGGGUACCCUCGGUUCGCAUCUCUACAGACCGAGCAAAUCGAUUGACAAUGAUGCGUAUGGGGCGGAUCUGGAUCAGAUUAUCAGCACACAACGUUUCGUACCGGAUAAGGAAUUUAGCGGUACGGAUCGGUCGGCUCCGGCUGCCCGCCAGGGACCGGUACAGUUCGAGAAGGAGGAAGAUCCGUUCGGGUUGGAUCAGUUCUUGAACAUGGCCAAGAAGGCACCGAAACGCAAAGAGGACGCCAUUGCUGGCGGAAGUGGAGGCGGCAAUCGGGACAAGGACCGCAAGAAGAGACGGGAUUAGGUUUGGGUUUGUUUUAUUUUGAUAAGUUUACACAUUAGUUUUAGUGUAGUACAACAGCUGAUGUAUGAACGUAUGUCUCAAUAUUCAAUAAAUUACAUGGACAAAAUA